AUGAGAAAAAUCAUAAUAAUCGUCGCAUUUCUUUUACGAAAUUCUCUAGCUGCUGAUGGUGACGCUUCGUUGUCGGCCACUGUGUUGGGAGGCGACAUCGAACCGUUCGAUAUACCCCUGGAAGAAUUGGAGAAGGAUACGAAACAGGUGACGACACUCACCGAGCAGUGCAAACGAUUCGUCAACCAUUACAGAUAUUAUUGUCGAACGUCGAAUCUUGCGACGUACAAUGAAGAGAUUCGAAUCAUUUGCGAGAGAUACCGAACCUAUUGCUCUGAUCGUGUCUAUCCCACAAUCAAUCAUAUUCGACGCCAAAUCAAAUUCUGGAAGACGUCGGGCCUUCCGAAGGCCACUAUCAACACACUGUCGACGUGCUACAGUCAUUGUAAGGAGACCGAUCCAGUUUGUGUGAAUGCCUGCGAAUGUCUGCAUCUGCAAUGGAUGAUGAACUAUGAAUGCUAUCCGGGCACACGAGCGCCUGCUUAUAAUAAUUGUCAAAGAUGGGCAGCAAAGUGUCGAUUCGUGUGGAAACCUCGUCAAGACUACACGCCCGCCGAUUAUUCGCCAAUGGCGCCGCCGCCAAUCGUACGCGGCGUAUUUUAUGGCUACGACGGUCUCGCGACGCAUCGGAUAUUCGAUCGGCCACGCGAUCACGGCGUGUCGUUCUGGAGAGGAACCAACACGGUGCUUGUCGAUUGGCCGGAAGGAAAAGUCGCCGGAGGAACGACGAUCGAGGUGCCAUUCGCCGGCGUCAACGUCAUUCCGAAUCAAUACAACAUCGGAUUCCCGAACAUGCAGCGAGCAAUGCGAGAGUUCACCAAACAGAAUCCCGACCAACUCAAUCCGGGAACCGGAAGGAUGUCGGCGCUUAGCAUGAUGCAAAGAUCCUAA